ACUUCAUAAAUGAUUACGACUAUAUUGAUGCAGUGCCAGCCGUUUAUGGAUUAGGAAACUCACUUCUAAAUUAUCUGUUGUUGAUGAGACGUCACUAUUUUCUUACCUCUAUUGGCAUGUUUGAUGAAGUUGAAUGGAGUGUCUGAUCAUUUAUUGUUACAGUGAUUUGGUAGUUGUUGCUCUCAUGAGUGGAGAAACAGAAAUUCUUGAGUAAUGAGCUGGAGAAAUGGAUAUGAAUAAACUACCUAAUUCUCAUGCAGGUUGAUGAAUGUAUACUCUGGUUGAGCAUUGUAUUCAUCACUAUUCUAUGUACACCACAACCAACCAUAGUUCGAUGGUCAUCUGCUCCCCCUGCGUCGGAGAAAAUGAUGCUCCAAUGGAAGGGCUUCUGUGCAAUCAUAGCAAAUGCAUACUUCAUGAGAGGAAUGGCAUGGCUUCCAGUGAAGACUCUUCAACUAGAGCAACUGGCAGUGGUGGGUUUUGCUGAAGAGCCAUCAGUUGUUGCAAGCCGAAUGAGACUAGUGUUUAGCACACUUGAGGUUGUGAGUCCACAGUGGCCAAGAAUGCAGUAAAUUCACGUCAAAUGUGGGUGGAAACAGGAGAAACUGAAGUACUGAGAGAUUUUCAUACAGUCUGGUGUUAAGUGUGUUUAUGAAUUAUAAGAAGUAUUUCAUGGCAUACAGUACUGCACAGUAUUAAAAAAUAUAAAAAUCUUGUUAAUUGUUCUUUUUCUAAGAAAAUCUGCAUUUAGAGUUGUUCUAUACUCGAAAUAGCAUUUUGGUUCCUAUUUAAUUUUUUUGGCAUUUGAAUAUCGGACAUGUUCAACUAUUGAAGCUUCUAUCAGGCAUUCUUGAAUCUUGAUAUAGAAGCAAUGGAUAAUAACUGUAUUGGAA